UUCCUGUCAGCAGAGCAGCUUUGAGUUUUUGGGUAAAGGAGGUUUGGUCAGAGCAGUGCGGAGCGGAGCGCGUGUGUUUCUGCAGGAUGUGGUGAAGCGAAAGAGAGAGAGAGGAGGUGCUGCUGCUCGGGACAGCGAGACGUGGCGCGCGCUCACACGGACAGCAGCUGGAGACUCGAGCGAGUUAAAAGUUCCCUGGGAAGGGCGGAAAAUCACGGGCCGACGGCCGCUCCAUACAAGGCAAGGUCGGGUGGGGAGCAGUUUAGGGAGCAGCGCUGAUCCAAUCAUCUGCGCUCCGGGGAAGAGCCCGGAACCAAAGCGACGCCACUCGUUUUGUUUUCUGUCCAAAUCGGUACGCGUCCGAGAUGUUGCUGUAGAAACUCUGACGCUUCUGUAGUUGUUUAGUGUUAGUUUUGUUGUUGUUUGUUUUGGAUUUGCUUACUUUGGAGAUGAGUGCGUCAGUGAACGGAGUGGAGCCCAAACCCGCUCCAGCGGUCAGCCAGAACGGACCCGGGUCUCCUCCUCAGACCCCCAAAGAUGUCACACCACCGGAGCUUGAACUACCGGACGAGGAGCCGCAGUCUUCGGUCACGGAAGCCACGCAGAUGGGGAUUAAGUUCGCAAAGACGUUCCUACUGAUUUUCCCUAUAUACUUGCUGGGAUAUCUGGAGUUCAGUUUCAGCUGGGUUUUGAUCGGCCUGGGAUUGGUGUUUUGGCUGAAACGGAAUCAGGGCAGCAGGUUCGCCCGGGUGAACCAGGCGAUGGCGUUUCUGGAGCAGGAGGAGCGCGCGGUGCGGCAGACCAUCCGGAGCUCAGAGCUGCCGCCGUGGGUUCAUUUUCCAGAUGUGGAGAGAGUGGAGUGGCUCAAUAAGACUGUGCAGCAGAUGUGGCCGUAUAUUUGUCAGUUUGUAGAGAAAAUCUUCAAAGAGACCAUUGAACCAGCUGUGCAGGGAGCAAACACGCACCUUAGUACUUUCACCUUCUCCAAGAUAGAUAUGGGGGACAAGCCUCUCAGGGUGGAUGGAGUGAAAGUUUAUACAGAGAAUGUCGAUAAACGACAGAUUAUUAUGGACCUACAGAUCAAUUUUGUUGGAAACACUGAAAUUGAUGUGGACAUCAAGAAAUACUACUGCCGUGCAGGAAUCAAAAGUAUUCAGCUGAAUGGGGUGUUGAGGGUCAUCAUGGAGCCGCUUUUAGGAGACAUGCCUCUGGUCGGCGCACUGUCUGUGUUCUUCCUCAAGAAACCUUUUCUGGACAUUAAUUGGACGGGUCUCACAAAUAUGCUGGACAUUCCUGGAGUAAAUUCUCUGUGUGACAAUGUUAUUCAGGACAUCAUAAACGGUUGCCUUGUGAACCCAAACAAAAUCACCAUCCCGCUGGCAGAUGAUGCUCUCAUUAGCAAACUUCGCUUCCCAAUGCCGAGGGGCAUUCUGCGAGUUCACUUUCUGGAGGGACAGGACCUGUUAUCGAAGGACACGUAUAUGGGAGGUUUGAUUAAAGGAAAGUCAGACCCGUAUGGAGUCAUUCAAAUCAACAAUCAGCUCUUCAGAUCCAAAAUCAUCAAAGAUUCCUUAAACCCUAGGUGGAAUGAAGUAUACGAGGCGAUUGUGUAUGAUGGUCAAGGACAGGUUGUGUUCAUAGAGCUGUUUGAUGAGGAUACGGAUCAUGAUGAUUUUCUGGGAAGCCUCACCAUGGAAAUAGAUGAGAUACAGAAGCAACAGAAAGUUGAUGAGUGGUUUGAUCUUAUCGGUGUUCCUAACGGAAAGCUCCACGUGAAGGCUGAAUGGCUUUCUCUUCACCCAACACCAGAUAAACUUGAUGAGGUUUUAAGCAGCAUUAAAGCAGAUAAAGGACAGGCCAACGAUGGACUGUCAUCAGCAUUACUGCUAGUGCACCUGGACUCAGCCAAAAAUCUGCCAGGUGUUUUUGAGGGGCAGGUGGGCAGUGGGUGUCUGAGAGAGCGCCGCUCUGCUGGCCUGGUGUUCUGUGAAAACACUUCUGCCCUCUACAGGACGAUGUUUCGCAAUCCUUUAGAAUUCAACAGUGCAGGUCUGAAGAAGGGUGCAGUCAAUAAAGCCGUAAAGUCUGGAAAAAAGGUCACCAGUGUGCCCAAUCCAUUCGUCCAGUUCACUGUCGGACACAGAUCGUUUGAAAGCAAGACAAGAUUUAAAACAAUUGAGCCGGUUUGGGAGGAGACCUUCACAUUCCUCAUCCACAAUCCAAAGUGUCAAGACCUCGAAGUCGAGGUAAAGGAUGAGAAACACGAGUGUUCUCUGGGGACGAUCACUCUUCCUCUGUCUCAGCUGCUGAAGGAGAAACAGAUGACGAUGAGUCAGAGAUUCCCACUCAAGAACUCAGGACCCGGUUCUACACUUAAAAUGAAGAUGGCACUUAGGAUUCUGUCUCUGGAUAAAUUGGCAGCAUCAGAUAAACCGUCCUCAGCUCAGGUCCACAGGGCCGGCUCUGUGAGGAAGACAUCCAACGCUACUCCUCAGCGGCCUGCAGUUUCAGAGCCUGCAAAAACAUCCAAAACCCAGCAGCCCGCACCUGCACCCCGAACCCAGCCCACCCCAACUCCCUCUCCACGGGUGGAACCCGUAACAGACCGCAAACCGCUGGAGGAAUCACCCCCACAUCUGGCUAAAUCAGGCAAGAGCAUGUCUAACCUGGCCAUUUCUGGCUCCAAUCUCCACCUGAACAGCAAAGAGCAAACGCCCAGCAUCGCCUCAGACAUCUCCAAUCUCGCCGCCACACAGGAGCUCCAGAAGACCAUACAGCAUUUACAUAACGGCGCUUCACCGGGUUUCGCUCCUCUGGGUGAAAUUGAGCUAACCAUCAGACACAGUCCCCAAAGAAAUAAGCUGAUUGUCGUGGUACACAAAUGCAGAAAUCUGAUCUCUGCUUCUCAAAAUGGUUCCGAUCCAUACGUGCGUUUGUAUUUACUACCUGACAAGCGGCGCUCUGGACGCAGAAAAACAAGCACAGCGAAGAAAACAGUGAACCCCGUCUUUGAUCAAACGUUUGAGUUCACAGUGUCCAUCGUGGAGUUGCAGAAGAGAACUCUAGAUGUGGCCGUGAAGAAUGGAGGAGGAAUACUGGCAAAACACAGAGGGCUGCUAGGAAAGGUGAUAGUUGAAUUUAACCUCGAGGACCCAUCAAAGAGCUCAACGCAAUGGUAUGAGCUUUCAGUGGACGGAUUUAAGCGACCAUCACCGUAAUCAUAGAAAACUACAACAUGAAGAAAAAGAAAAACUACAAAUCCCUGCGCAAGACUCCAAACCUCAGCUAUGUUUAAGCCAUGUGUUUUGGCCUGUGGGCAGAAUUCAUACUUCUUGAAUCACUUUUAAUAGAUUUGUAGUAGGAAAGGAGAAAAAAAACUCUACUGCUGUUAUGUGCACUGACUUGGCAAGAGUAAAAGAGAAAGUUUUAAAGGGAAAUAGUUCAUUUGUUGGAUUGAUUUGGGUCACACUUUAUUUUGUUGGUCUGUUUGUUGAAUUUAAGUUACAUUGCAUCUAUAUGCCAACUGAUUCUCAUUAGAUUAUAAGUAGACUUUAAGGUUGGGGUUAGGGUUAGUUUAAGUUGACAUGUACUUGCAAAGUUACUUAUAGUCAAUUAAAUGUCUGUUGAAGGAGCAGUAUUAGCUGAUAUUAAGCAGACAGUCUACUAAUACUCAAAUGGACCAUCAUAAUAAAGUGUUACCUUGAUUUGUUGUUUACACAAUAAAGACUUUUAAAGCAAGAGUGAAAAACUCUAAGAGCAUCCAUCAAACAUGCAAUAAUGGUGGAGUGAUUAUAUAAAAUAUACAGCUAUGGGGGAAAAAAUGCUUAGAAAUUCAACUUUUUUCUGAAUUUGUGAUUUAUGGUUAUGCUGUUUUUUUCUGCAAGCCACUGAUGACAUUUCUUCUACUUUUUAAAAUAAGGUUUUACAUUUUUAAGCAACAUAAUAUCAGUGUUUUAACUUCUGGGAAGUUAAAACUCUGUCAAAUUUCAAAGGACACGAACUUGUUUGAGUUUUUUUUCUCCCUAGAGCAAAGUUAUUUUGAAAAAUGCUGGAAACUGGUAACCAUUGACUUUCUAUAGUAUUUGUUCGUUUUGGUUAUAGGCUUCUAACAUUUUUCAAAGUAUCUUUUGUGUUCAACGGGGAAAAUAUUUGUAAAGGUUUGGAAGCACUUGAGGGUUUAAACUAUUUUUAAAAAAUGAAUUUAUUACAUUGACUAUCAUUUCCUGCAACCAUAUGGACCAUAUUUAUUUGAAGUUUGAAAGAAAAGUCCUCAAACUUUACAGAAUCAAACAGAUAUUAACAUUUUACUCAAAAAGACCAUCUCUAAUGAAUCCAGAAAAACUUUUUAUGUGAUCUUUUCCAUAGCUGUGUGUGUAUAUGCAUCUAUUACUGAGCUCAGACUGUAAAUACAUAAAUAAAUAGUAAAUACUCUAAUAUUUGGAAAGGUUUGAUUAAUAAUAACCCGAAGAGUUCUUGUUAAACAAGCACUCGCGCUUGCUUUGAAAGUGUUAUACAUUAUAACAAUGGUCUCAAACUCAAUUCCUGGAGGGCCGCAGCUCUGCAUAAUUGCACCUCCAACUCACACCUGCUUAUUAGUCUCUAGUAGUUUUAAACACCUUGAUUAGUUGGAUCUGCUGUGUUUGAUUAGGGGUGGAGCAAAACUGCAGUGCUGUGGCCCUCCAGGAAUCGAGUUUGAGACCUAUGCAUUAUAAUCUCCGUCAAUGUCUACAGAUGCUCCUUUUAGGAGACAGAUCUACCAAAGAAGUGCUUGGCUCAUCGAUGUAAAGUUUGGUGAGUUUCUAAUUAAACCAAAUAGGCACCUACAUGUUUUUGUAACACUUUAUAAUUCAUGACUUGUAGUUAAUGUUAAUUAACAUUCACUAACAUGAGCAAAGAUCUUAAUAAAGGAUUCAUGUUUGUCAAUGUUAGAAAAUGAAAACAGUCAUUUAUUGUUAGUUUAUUUUAACGCACAGUGCAUUAACUAAUGUUAUUUCUAAACAAUCCAUUAGUAAAUGUUGAUCUAUGAUUGGUGAAUGCUGUGCGAGCAUCAUGUUAGUAAAUACAUCAGCAAACAUUAACUCCCCAUCCUGUAUUGUAAAGUGUUACCAUGUCUUGCACCCCCAAGUGUUCACAUAUAUAUAAAUAAUUGUGUGUUUAUACGUUCUCUUGUGUGGUGCAGCACAGCACAAAACAUAACCAUGUCACAUAACCAUGACUGUCCAACGUUGCAAUAGCUCUGAAUAAUAUUUAGUGUAACACUCAAUUCACAAAUUCACUCCUCUUCCAGAAACACCCGUUCACCUCUCAGCCCUUGUACUCCCGCUGUGCUUCUACACUCAUUGAGUAUUUUUGCGUGUGUAGUCUGGUGUUAAAGUGAAGGUUGCGGUUUGGUCUUCUGUAGCGUCACUGAGCUGAGCUUGUGCUAUGCAGACGGUCAGACCUCAAACUGUUCUGACCUUAUUCCUGUCAGCAAGAAUGUGUUUUUAUUCGAUAAAUUAUUGUGUAUAAUAUGUCAGAUUUUAUUAUGCUUUUAUUAUUGUUUAUGAUUAAUGCAGACGUAUGCAGUCAGAGCACCUCUCUCUGCUGAGCUUGCCUUAUUGAUGUAUAUAUAAAUAAAUAUAUAUAUGUAUGUAUUUCCUGUGCCUUAUGACCAACAAUAUACUUGCCUUAGAGGAUAUUUGGCAUCAGAUACAGGAUUGUGAAGUCUCUGUAUUUGAUGAUAUCCAAGGUUUUCUUUUCAAUAAACAGUUGCUUCUGUACAAGUAAA